GUGCGGGGGCGCUGCGGGGGCGGUCGGCCCGGGCUGCCCGCGCCGCGUCACUGCCGCUUCCUCGGCGGGCGAUUUGAAGGCGAUGAGGGGCGUCACUGCCGCUUCCUCCGCGCGGGGCGGUCCCAAGGCCAUGGCGGGUGCCGUGUUCCCGCCGUCGGAGCUGGCGGCGGAGCUGGAGUGCUCCAUGUCGCUGCUGGAGGUGGGCGCCGGGAGCGCGGAGCAGCCGCCGCCGCAGCGGUGGGGGUCGGGCGCGGAGGGCUCGGACAGCGAGCUGCCCAUGGUGUUCCUGUGCGCCGGCUGCAAGCGGCCGGUGGGCGACACGCUGAGCUGGGUGUCCAACGACGAGAAGGGCGGCUGCAUCCUGCUGCGCAGUGCGGCCGCCAGCGUCUCGGUGGACCACAAGCGGAAGCUCUCCAAGCUGCCCGACGAGUGCGGAUGCGUGGUAGAAACCUUGUUCUGCUCUGGCUGCUCGAGGACACUUGGACACAUCUACAAGUGCACCCCAAAGCAUCUUGACUAUAAGAGGGGUUUGUUCUGUUUCAGCGUUGAUUCUAUUGAAAGCUAUAUUCUAGGAUCCUCAGAAAAGCAAGCUCUUACUGAUGAGGAGCCGCUGACUCUUGAAAGUCAAGCUGUCUUGCAAGAGGUGCUGGAAAGGGCACAAACUAUAUUAAAAGCUCUGGAGACAAGACUGACAGCUAUUGAGUCGUGUGUGGCUCCUCUGCCCAAGAAAGUCUGAAAGAAAUUACAUGUUUAACUGCUGAAGACUGAAGAAAGUGAAACUUGUCCUUGUAAUCCUCUGGGAUCAGUGGAAACAUUGGAAAAGCUGUCAGAGAGCUGAAAGACAUGAGUGGCUCAUGCUGUAGUGGAACAGUGCUGAGUAAGCAUCCUAGCCAUCCUAGCCAACCUCUUCUUUCUCUUAAAAAGAUACCCCAGAUAGAAAUAGAUUUUUUUUUUUUCUUAAGCAAGACUUGUGAUAAAUCAAUCUGUAAACUUCUGGUUUAAUGUAAAUAUUUAUUUAAAUUUUUCUCUCUGAAAGCAAAGAAUUUAUCUCCUGACUUUCCCUGAUAUUCAAUAUCUACUGAACUGGGUGUGCAUUUUCCUAAACCAGUGCAAAACCUCCUUGUGAUGCUGUGAUGUCUGAAGGAACAACAUUAAGUCACUUUUCCCUGUCUUGUCUCCACAGCCUUUGCUCAGCUCAUGCUCAGAGACAGGAAUGGGCCAAAAACUAUGGUUUUGUGGUUUGUUAGUUUUGUGAGGUUUUUUUACAAGUUCAAAGCUAAAAUGUGACAUCAAUAAAGGCUUUAACAGCAUUAGAUAAAAUGGCUUUUCCAUGCUAUAAUGCUCCAGUUUUGAAGCUUUACGCUUAACUGGAAAUAUUACUUAUAUUUAAGAAUUUUAUGUUUGCUUACUAAACUUUUGAAAAGCUUUUAGUUUGUUCUUACUUUGAAUUCACAUAUGGAGAAAAUGCUGCUACGCUUUCUCUAAGACAAUUUUUUUAAUUUAGUGAGAAAAUAAGUCAGAUGUUUUACAGCUUCAAGGGGAGGAAACCAAACGAGGCUGGUGGCAGCACUACUUUAAGCAAAACUUGGUAUAUAUUUGAGCCAUUAAUUCAAAAUGCUAACUAGGAACACUUGCCAGCAAUUUUUUUUGUUUUAAUGCAGAUAUUUCAGUUAUUUUUCUUUGGUCUUCUAUGCAUUUGACUAAGUGUCAGCAUUUCUUGUACAGUAUGAGUGAUCCACCUAAUGUUUUUCAAUAAAAGCAAGCAGCUGUAGUCUAAAGCAAGAAUAAUUUCAAAAAGUGGGGGCGUUUUUUAUUACCCAACACUGCUUAAUUUUACUGUUGUGAGGUUUUACGUUUUCUUCAAAAACUCUGAAUUCAUUUCCCCAUUCUGCCCCACUGGCAGGCACUGUUUCUCUUAAAAAAGCUUCCGCCCUCCACCUUCACUGGUAUAUUUUGAAGUGGUGCUCAAGUUUAGCCUGUAGUGAUGAGUCUCAUAUUCUUUUAUGCUUAGGUAACUAAAAGAUUUUGUUACUGACAUAUCUGCUAGAGGAGCUUGUGUUAUUUCAGUGUAAUUUUUGAGGCAAUUUCUGCUCUUACAAGUUUUUAAAUGCUGGUCAACAGCAACAUUCCUUAUCCUGGAUGCCUGAAGAGAGCCAUGGACUGCCCUUUAACUGAAGGUUGGUUGGUGUUAGAGGUGAGAGGUUGAAUAACCCAAUGUUUAUCAAGCUGGAGGUGGUGUCUAAGUGGGUCUUUGUUCAAUUGUGAGAUACAUGGCAACCUCCAUUGGUUGUUCUUUUGGUUUGGCCAUGUCCUGAGUCACCAUGGUAUCAGGCAUUUUACUCUCAUCUUUCCCUUUUCCCUGGAAGUGCUGCACCAUGCCGAGCAGCUUCCGGAGACCACCACCGAAAUUUUGAGUCCACCUCCCAAACUGAAUACAUCCAAGGAUUGCUUCCAGACAAAAGGAAAGACACUUCUCCAACAGCAGCCAGAACCUGGGAAGGGCUCUACCUAACCACGGGAGACACCAUACCUUAGACAAACCAUAAUGAUGAAUUGUACAAAUAAAAGUAUAUGGCUUCCAACAUAUCUCA